GACAUUUCAUAGCUGUUUUGCGGGUACUUUUUCGCGGCAAUCCGAACGUGAUACAAAAGCUGUGGAAAAAUAUGACAGCCGCUCUUUGGCUGUAAAAUAGAAGAACAAAAGUUACAAACAUUUUACUUGUGAACAUCAAAGGAGACUAUAACAAUGGCUUCAGUCACUGCAGAGGAGAUAAAGUCUGAACUGGACACUUUCAACAUAGCCUUCACCAGUGAAACCGUGGACAAAAUGUUGGAGCAGUGUUUGUUUCACAGGCUGAAAGGUGAUGAGAUUGUAUUUGAGUGGUUUGCUUUCAGCACCACUAAAGACCAGCUGCCGCUCUCUCUUGAUAAUCUUGAACAAUUUGAACAUGAGAUACUGAACAAGAAGAAAAAAACUAAAGGCUCAUCAAAAGGAAGUCAGAUUAACAAGACCAGAGAUAUCAACUCUAUCCAGGAACUAAUCAAAGCAGAGGAGGAAGAGGAAAGCAUGCUGGACUCCUAUUCAACCCCUGCCAAGGGCUCUCAGAAGAGAGCACUGACCACUCCAGAGCAUCCUCAGUCUAAGAGGGGUGUAGCUCGACUUUCCAGUACUAGUCUAAUGCUGUCACCUGCCAGCUUCUCACCAAGUGCAACACCAUCUCAGAAAUACGGCAUGCGUGGAGGCAGAGGGGAGGUCGUCUCAACGUUUGGGGCAGUGCAGGGUCCUCGCUGGCUUGGUACAGGACAGAGUGGUGUGAGGGUGGAGUUGCUGGAGGGUAGAGAAGAUUCCCUGAACAGCAGCUACAAAUACAUGUUCCAAAGGCUGAGAGAUGUGCGGGAUGUUCUAACUGGCAAGAUUGAAGAGCUAGGAGAAGAGUUGCGGACUCACUUCAACAUAGAGGAAUUCUCUCCAGUUUCAUCACCUGUUCAGGACAGCAUUACAGUACUGGGGCAGAUUUGUUGUGACAGUAAUGGGAAGCUAAAUGCCCAGUCUGUACUGCUUGAGGCAGGGCAGGAACAGGGUGGCAGACAGGUUCCUGUGGAUCUCUCAGAGCUCAAAGAGUUCUCACUCUUCCCUGGUCAGGUUGUUGUUAUGGAAGGUAUGAACACUUCUGGAGAGAAGUUUGUAGCCACCAAACUAUAUGAGGGUAUGUCCCUACCUUUCUACUCUCCUCCUGAAGUGAAACAGGAAAUAGAUGAAGUAUCUGAGCCUGUGAUGGUGAUGAUGGCCUGUGGACCAUUCACUCCCUCUGAUGGCCUGACCUAUGACCCUCUGCUUGACCUCAUUAAUAUAAUCAACAAAGAUCGUCCUGAUGUCUGCAUUCUGUUUGGACCUUUUGUUGAUUCCAAACAUGAGCAGAUAGAGAAAAACCAGGUAACGGAAACAUUUGAAACCAUCUUCAAGAGAUGUGUGGACAGUAUCGUGGAGGGAACCAAAGGAACGGGGUGCAGGUUGGUGUUUGUGCCAUCUCAGAGAGAUGUUCAUCACCAUUACAUUUAUCCUCAGCCACCGUUUAUCCUGCCAAACCUCAGCAAGGAUGACACAAUGCGAGUAACCUUGGCUCCUGAACCAUGCACUCUCCUCAUUGGCAAAGUGACCUUUGGCCUGACUUCUACAGACAUUCUGUUUCAUAUGGGAGCUGAAGAAAUCAGCAGUGGCACAGGCACUGAACGUUUCUCACGGAUCAUGAAACACAUGUUGACCCAGAGAAGCUACUAUCCACUAUAUCCUCCUGCGGAGGAAGUUAACAUGGAUUAUGAGAAGUUUCAACACUUUGGCCAAAUGGCCAUCACACCUGAUAUCCUUAUUGUUCCUUCUGAACUUCGUUAUUUCAUCAAGGAUGUGAUCGGCUGUGUGUGUGUUAAUCCUGGACGUCUCACUAAAGGACAGGUGGGUGGGACAUACGGACGUUUGCUCAUUCAGCCAAACCCUGUGCUGGUGGCAGGGAAGAGAGUGAGCCCAUGUAUAGCAGGACAGGUGGUGAAAAUAUGAUAUGUGGAUGUAUUAGUCUUUUCUACUAGAUUUCUGUUUUUGAACUUUGUUCAUUAAAUCAUGU